AUGACGUUUUAAUUCUGCGACACAAAUCGCCUAAACAGCUCGGUUUGUAUGUUUGGUGACAGUCUUUAAUCUUUCAGAGAAAGCUUAAGAUUGCUAUUGUAGCUUUGCGUAGUGGUAUUCGAUCAGUAUUUAACAUCCUUUAAACUUAUUCGUCUUAUUAAACGAAUGAUCUGUAGGACGUACCUUUAGAAGAAGUGGAAAUGACGGGGAAGAAAUCUGCUAAGGAGAAGAAAAGGAAGCGUUCGCACUCAGAAGGCCGGCAUGUAGAAAGAAAACGAAGAAGUACGGAAUCAAGCGUUGAGGAUUUAAAAGUCGAUAUUGAAAAUGAGAGUCGGGAGACAGAUGAGCCUAGUGACAUUGAAGAAGGAGGCUUAAAUCUGGAUGUUCCAUUCAGACCCAUCAGUGCCUAUAUCACUGACAGACAAGAGAUGCUGGAACAGUGUUUCCGGGUGCUGGGGGAGACAAAGCUUAAGAAAAUGCUUCCAGAAGAGUUGAAGAACUGCUCCUUUGAUGAAAUCAAGAGACUUUGCUUAGAGCAAUUGGAACAGAUCUCUCAAAGGAAUCUGCUACAGAUUCUUGAGGGUGACGAAGUGACCGGAAAUUCAGAUGUUGAAGAAGAAGUGAGUGAAAUGGGCAAAAGGAAGUCCGAAACAGAUGGCCAGCAGGACAACAGUGUGGAUUCUACUUCAUCAAUGAAAGAGAAUGCCCAAGUAGAAGACCAUAAGCAAGGUGGCGCUUCAGGGGAUGAGAGUGACGCCCUGAGCAUCAAUGCUGAUACAUGUGACAGCGACAUUGAAGGACACAAAGAGGAGCCAGAGGACAGGAAAAACAUGGAAACUGCAGCUGUGCCAGUACCUCCCGAAACAGGAGCUGUGAAGCCUGCUGACCCAAAGAAAGAACUUCAGAAAGACAUAGAAAAGAGUGUCAGUGAGAUUCUGGCCUUGGCGACGCCCAACCAGGAGGAGUCGAAAGAAUUGGUUAUUUCGCCGGCUUUGGCCAUUCCUGACUUACCUGAACCAGUGGCCACAGCUGUGGUGAUGGCAGACACUUUGGCAAGCUCAACCCCUGCUGUUGUCCAGCCCUCUGCCCAGCAGCUAGAGCUUCUGGAGCUUGAGAUGAGGGCCAGAGCCAUCAAAGCACUGAUGAAGGCCAACGAGGUCAAGAAACAAGCAAGUGGAUAAGAUUCCAGGGGCCUGCAAUGUUGCUCUUUUACAAGAACAUUGAGGGGUAGUUUCCUUGCACAGCAGGUAAUGCUGAUUGUCAGUAGCAUAUUGUUGGUCAUGUGAGGAGGAUUCUCCUUACAUUACUAGUAAUCGGUCAAUGAUAGAAUAACAGAAGCCCAAAAAUUGAAUUUCUUGCGGGACAAAAGAAGAAUCUUCAGGAGAUCGGAUAUAAGUGUGUGAGACUUUGUCCCAAAAUUAAGACCUACUGUAAAUACACCCUUAGUCUCUGUACAACUUGGAAACAUUUUCAGAUAAACAAUAUGUAGUUCUGUGACAUUUUAAAUGCUGAAUUGUGAAUAUAAAACGUUUGAAUAUAUAAACAUUAUUUUUUUUUACUUUAAAAAUGUCUUGAGCUAAAAUAUAUUUAGUGCAAUGUAUUUUUAUCAGAAAUGUAAUAUAAGACUAAGAACAUUCAUAUUUUCUACAACGUCAAAAAAUUCCCUUUGGUUUUGUUGAACUGCUUUAAGACGAGGUGUUUUUAUAAAAAUAUGUAUAGCAGUAAAAAAAAACACUUUUCUUUAGUGUAUAUAGUUUCUGUUAUCCUUCAAAUAAGUAUAAGAUGUAAAGAAAAAUGUAGCAUGUUAUUCUGGCUUGGACUCAGGAUUCUUUGAAGAGGUAUUUUUUUCAGGCAAAUUAAAACCUAUUAUACUAAAUCACAUACAAUAAUUAUGCGUCAAUAUUCUACAUCAGUCAUGCAGUUUUCUAAGAAGUUAAAAUAUAAGAAUAGAAAGAUUGUUUUAAAAUUAUGUUCGUGACCUGUUGUAAUCAGAAUGUCAUAAUCAAACUUUAUAUUGUAAUAUUCUAUUGAAGAUAAAACGAUUUUAAUGUUUUAACUAUUUUUUAUGUAAUAUUAAUGUAAUAUUUUUUUUACACUUCAAGUCCUAUCCAUUGCACUUUGCUCAACUGCUGAGGGGCACAUCAGUUGAAUCAUCUGUUUCAAGACAGCCUCCUGCAAAUUCAAGAUCAGGAUUGCUGUUAAUUUGAGGAGUAUGCAGUCAUGUCGUGUUUUUUAUCCAGUGUAGUUUUGUUUGUAAUAGGGUUAGCCAGGUAGUGGUUCAAGUAAAUCAGUUCUAUUGCAGCUUGUUUACAUCUCACACCAAUUUGGAUAAACUGCAAAAUACUGACCUUAAACUAAACAUGCAGUGUUAGGGAACCCUUGUGCUCACUGGGGAAUGUUUAAUUAAGGGAUUUUGAGAAAAGCUUAUUUUCUGCAUGUUUAUUUCCAGUUUUUAUUCCAGUGGAUAUACACAUAUACAACAUCUGCCAAAAUCUCAGUAAUCUCAGUUUUCAAAAUAUUACGAAAUUAAUUUGCAGCACUAACAUAUAUUAAGGUAUAACAGUUAAAUAUGUCAGAUCUCUGUAGAGGGUUGUACGAACCUGAUGAAUGCAGUGUAAAACUUUAAUUCUCUAAUUAAAAAGUCAUUUAUAUCUAGGAGGUUGCAUGGUACCCUUUGAGUAUAACACUCAAGAUUGCCACUUCUGGUCCUUAAACCACCAACCAAAGAAGAGCUGUUCUUAUGCUUGUAAGCUGUUCUUACAUGCUGCCUGAUAAUCUUUCUUGUCUUGUAGAAUUUUAAAGUACUGAAGCAUAAGUAAUUCAUGUUCUAUCUACCUAUUUGACUAACCAAGAUUUGUUUCUUUUAAGGGACAGACAAUUUUAUAUUCGUCAUAAGAAAAGUAAGCAGUUAGACCAAAGCAUUUAUUUUGGGCUGUUAUUAAGGAAAUAUUUUGAUGCAAAACAGCCAUGUUAGAAUUAUGUGAACAUAAUUUAUUUUUGGAUUAUGCUUCUACUCUCAUUUAACCACAAUGUGAAGGCACUAAGGUGCUGGUUUACUCAAGUCGUCGCUCAAGAUCUUAUUUAUCUUGGUAUAAUACUGUUUACAAAGCUAAUGUAAAUGUCGUCACUUGUCCCAUUUCUCCAAAGGGUUGUAAAAUGAACAGCAUGAAAAAUAUUGUUUUCUUUAAGUAAACAUUACUGAAUAGUUCAAUUCAGAAAUUUUACUUUUUCA